AUGGCUUCGCAAUUAGAUAAACUCAUGGACGUCCGUGGUCUCACCCUGAGAAACAAAUCGCGCCGUCGACCACAAAUCAGUGCGCCGCAGCCCAUCACCGGCCCAACCCCGUCUGAAAGGGGACCCUCGGCCGCACCGCCAGGAGGAGGAGGAGGAGGAGGUGGUGGUGGUGGUGGUACUACAUCGGAUCUUGUUAAGCGCCGUUACUCUGCUCGUUUUAAUCCAGUUCCCGACUCGAGUCUUGAUGCCCCUCCCAUACCGAGUCUGCCGUCGGAUUUACAAGUAUUCAAGAAUCGGGAUGGACCGUCUGCUAUCCCGAGUGGAUUGCAAGCUGGACCAGGUGUCACGCUGGAGGUUGAUCUUAAAGCACUGAAGGAUCCUUCGUUACCAGUCGAGAAAUAUGUGGCUGGACUCCUCGCUAAUGCUUCUGAGGAGGAGAUUCGAGAUUAUCAACAGAGCUUGCGCAGAGUGAAGAACCGCACGUCGACAGAUCUGCAGCAGAAUGUGUACCAAAACCGGACACAAUUUAUCAAAAUCAGCGAAGAAGCAGAGAAACUCAAGGGUGAAAUGCGUACUUUGCGUACACUAAUGUCAGAGCUGACGACAACGCUGGGUCAAACCCACGAAGCAACCGGGUCGAAUCAGCUGUUGGAUGUUGAUGAUCGCACAAUGAAACGCAGUAAUAGAAGCUCAGUUGCAAACCUCGAAAAUAUGUGGAACCUACAACUCCACGCGUUAUGGAAAACAGUUGAAGGGUCUCAAAAGUUCCUCCCCGCCAUUCCAGGUCGACACAUCGUCCUUGAAAGUGGUCACUGGGUAGAACUUGACUCCGCGACCUGGAAACCGCGUCGACCGGUACAUAUCGUCUUGCUUAAUGAUCACUUGCUGGUAGCUGCCAAGAAGCGCAAGCGGAUUGACCCCAAUAGUCCAAAUCAGCAACGUGGUCCGGCUCCAACUAAACUAGUGGCUGAAGAAUGUUGGCAGCUUCAGGAUAUUGAUAUGAUUGACUUGGGGGCAAAUCUUGGAUCGGGUGCAGCACGCGCCGAAGCAGAGCAUAAAGGUGUACCUCACGCAAUCAACAUUCGCGUCGGUUCUCAGUCUUAUACAUACCGAUAUGAUCAACGUAACAAUACAGCUAAGAACGAGCUUUUGGCAACUUUCCGCAAGACAGUUGAAGAUCUCCGCAAAACUCUCCGGUCCGAAAUUGAGAAUUCAAGUAGAGCCGGUGAUGCGAUGCGUUCCCUUAACCAACUGGAAGGACGUCGUAAAUCCAGUUUAUUCGAUAUCCCGGAGAGUUUCAAAGACAAGCCUGAAGUACGGAUCGAUGUGGACGGUAAACAACAAAAUCUGCGAUGGGUGGAAGGCCAAAUCGACGAACUAGAUAUUGACAUUGCGCUGCAACACUUUGAGGAAGCUGUGUCGAGUGUUGAGAGGUUAAGAAAGCUCGCUCGGGGCCUGAAAGGAAACACCUUUGCUCAGGACGCCAUCAACCAGAAAGUCGACGAACGAGCAACCAAUCUGGCGAGCAUCCUCUCUCGUGCAUUGGUAGACAAGCAUUCAUUUUCAGUAGCCACAAAGACCCAUGUUGGUUGGUUGGCUCGUCUUGGAUUCGAGGAUCGCGCACGCGAAGCCUACCUGCGCGCUCGUUCGGAAGUCAUCCACAAACGUGCACGCCAAUGCAUCUUUGAAGGCGACCUCCCCCUAUACAUUUUCCAAAUAUCAUUCGUCUACUUCACUCUUGUGAAAAACACCAUUGGCAUAUAUCAACAAUGCUUCCCGCCCAUGAUGACCAGUGCAUGCAUCAAAUGGGCAAAGGAGCAUUUAGACCAGUUCAACGCCAUACUUGUCAGACAAUUGAGUAGUGUACAGCGAGGAACAAUGAUUUGGCAGAAAUGCAUGGAUACCCUUGAUGAACAAGCUGCGAUGUUGGGCGAGGUUGGAGUUGAUUUUAGUGAUUUGAUUAAGAGGGGUCUUACUGAAGAUGCAAAUGGCGUGGAUAAUGGGCAAGGGGGUGAGCUUGGAGAGCCGGGUGAUGCGGAAGCUCAGUAAUAUUGGAGUUGGUAAUGCAGUUAUGACUUUUGAAUGUGUAUAUAAAGUAGUAUAUACAAUAUUUCUAUUCUAUCU